AUGUUCAAGGUGCAGCACUACGAGGGCGAGCGAGGUGCGGAGCGGAUGGUGCGCGUGGAGUCUGCCAACGGCAGCGUGCAGUACUACGAGGGCGAGCAAGGUGCGGAGCGGAUGGUGCGCAUGGCGACUGCCGAUGGCAGCAUGCAGCACUACGAGGGCGAGCGAGGUGCAGAGCGGAAGGUGCGGACGGAGAUGCCCGACGGCAGCGUGGCGUACAACGCUUUCUUCGGCGCCAAGUGGUUCGGCGCAACGCAGAGGGGGGCGGCCAAGAAGGAGCAGGCCGAGGCGAAGGCGGCGGAGGAGAAGGCGGCGAAAGAGAACGCGGAGCCGCAGAAGGCGGCUGCCGAGAAGGCGAUCGCCGAUAAGGCGGCGGCUGCCAAGGCCAAGGAGAACGCGGAGAAGGCGUCGCGCGAGGCCGCCGAGGCCAAGGCGGUCGCGAAGAGCGUCGCCAAGAAGCCCGUCUCCCGCUCCACGAAGAUGGUCGGCCAGCUCGUGCUGCUGGUUGGCCUCGCCGUCGCCGCGUUCGGCCUCGGCCUGGGCGACCUCCUCAGCGCGCCACCGCCGCCACCCGCGGCCAAGGCUGACUUCGAGCCGCUCACCGCGGCGACCGGCCUGGUCAAGCGCGUGGGCACCGACCGCAAGAUUCAGACGAUGAUCGCCGCCACCGCCGCCACCGCGCUGCUGCGCCCCGCCGUGUCGGCCGUCGCCGCCGUGCCCGCCGUUGGCGGUGCCGUGGGCGGCGCGGCGGGCGCCGUGGGCGGUGCCGUCUCCGGCGCCGUCGCGGCCAUCCGCGGCCACAGCCUCGGCGCCAAGACCGUGCAGGUCGCCGCGCCCGCCGCGGGCGGCCUCGGCCCCGCGGUCACCGGCGCCGUGUCCGGGUGGCUCGCGGGCGGCGCGGCACAGCGCGCAGCGGCGGCGGCGGCGGCCAAGGCCGCGACGGGCGCGGCGACGGGCGGCGUGAUCGGCGGCGCGGCGGGCUACGCCGCGCACCCCGUGGCCAAGCCUGCGCUGGCGGUGGGCGCCGCGGCGGCCAACCUGGCAGCUCCGCUCUUCGCGGGCGCCGCGACGGCGGUGAAGGCGGCGGCGGCCACCAAGACGGCCGCCGGCGCGGCGGCGGGCGUCGUCGGCACGGGCGCCGCCGUGGGCGCGCAGCAGCUCGCGGCCGGCGCGCUCGGCCUGUUCGCGAGCGCCGCGACGGCGGUGAAGGCGGCGGCGGCCACCAAGACUGCCGCCGGCGCGGCGGCGGGCGUCGUCGGCUCGGGCGCGGCCGUGGGCGCGCAGCAGCUCGCGGCCGGCGCGCUCGGCCGCGGCGCGGCGGCGCAGGCGGCAAAGGUGGCGGCGGGCGCGGCGGUGGCCGGCGCGGCCCUCACCGCCCCGCCCGUGGCCGUCGCUGCGGGCGCCGUUGGCGCCGCGAGCGCGGUGGUGGGUCGCACGGCGGCGACCUUUGGCGCCAAGUGGCUCGCGGGGGGCGCGGCACAGCGCGCAGCGGCGGCGGCGGCGGCCAAGGUGGCGGCGAAGGCCGCGACGGGCGGCGCGAUUGGCGGCGCGGUGGGCUACGUCGCGCUCCUUCUGUCCAAGCCUGCGCUGGCGGUGGGCGCCGCGGCGGCCAACCUGGCAGCUCCGCUGUUUGCGGGCGCCGCGACGGCGGUGAAGGCGGCGGCGGCCACCAAGACGGCCGCCGGCGCGGCGGCGGGCGUCGUCGGCACGGGCGCCGCCGUGGGCGCGCAGCAGCUCGCGGCCGGCGCGCUCGGCCUGUUCGCGAGCGCCGCGACGGCGGUGAAGGCGGUGGCGGCCACCAAGACUGCCGCCGGCGCGGCGGCGGGCGUCGUCGGCACGGGCGCGGCCGCGGGCGCGCAGCAGCUCGCGGCCGGCGCGCUCGGCCGCGGCGCGGCGGCGCAGGCGGCAAAGGUGGCGGCGGGCGCGGCGGUGGCCGGCGCGGCCCUCACCGCCCCGCCCGUGGCCGUCGCUGCAGGCGCCGUUGGCGCCGCGAGCGCGGUGGUGGGUCGCACGGCGGCGACCUUUGGCGCCAAGUGGCUCGCGGGGGGCGCGGCAGAGCGCGCAGCGGCGGCGGCGGCGGCCAAGGUGGCGGCGAAGGCCGCGACGGGCGCGGCGACGGGCGGCGCGAUCGGCGGCGCGGUGGGCUACGUCGCGCUCCUUCUGUCCAAGCCCGUCGCGUGGGUGGCAGGACUCUUCUAG